AUGGCAUCUGACAAUACAUUGCACGAACAGGUGCAGCGAUUUUGGAACAUCGAAGAGAUUGAACAAAACUUAUUGCCAUCAAAGAACGACGAGUAUUGCGAGGCUGAUUUUGUAAAGAACUGUCAACGGGAUUCAUGCGGUAGAUUCACAGUCAAUCUUCCAUUCAAAGGUGACCCAAAUGAGUUAGGCGAAUCCCGUGAGCAUGCACUGAAACGGUUUCAUAAACUGGAGAAACGACUGGAGUCGCAACCGGACAUCAAGGAACUAUAUGUAAGGUUCAUGCAAGAGUAUCUCGAGCUAGGUCACAUGAGUCAGAUAUCAAGUAUCAAGGAAACAGCCUCAAAGAAAUAUUACAUCCCGCAUCAUGCGGUAGUAACCAACAUUAACGAUCGAAUCAAGCUCCGUGUCGUUUUUGACGCAUCGGCACGUACGACUUCCGGAAUAGCGCUCAAUGAUCUUUUACGAGUAGGACCCACAAUUCAGCCUACUCUAUUGGCAACAGUUGUACGAUUCCGACAAUAUCAAUUUGUUAUGACGGCGGAUAUCGUUAAAAUGUACCGUCAGGUCAAUAUCCAAGAAGAUCAACGAGAUUUACAACGAAUCAUUUGGAGAGCAGACAUCAAUCAACCAAUACAAGAGUACCGACUGAAUACGGUUACCUACGGACUAGCCUUGGCUCCAUUUUUAGCAAUUCGAGCGUUGCAGCAAACGGGUCAAGAUGCUCAACAAGAUCAUCCUGUAGCGAGUCAGGUCAUUUGUCGUGACUUUUAUGUGAACGAUUUACUCACCGACAGUGACAAUUUGACCAAACUUCAAGCACUAAAACAAGAAAUUAUCGAGAUAUUGAGAUCAGCGGGUUUCAAGUUGGCAAAAUAA